AUGCUAUUGCAGAGGAGUGAAGCUCGUGAUAUCAGCCAGCCCAUUUCAUCUCAACAGUUCAAGUUGCUUGGUGUUAUGCAAUUCCAGUUCAAGCAUGUGUAUAGGGAAUCCAAUGCAGUUGCUGACUAUCUGACUUCCUUUGUUGUACAUACUGGUAGUUGUCAUGAGUUUUCUGAAGGGGACUGCUUGCCUGCUGUUGGGAGGUUGUUAUUACAGAGGGAUAAAAGCAGGUUGCCUACUGCUAGAUUAAAGAAGAUUGUUCUGUUUGAUAGAAGGAGUGGUGCUGUUCUGCCCUCAUAUGUUACUAAUGAGGGAGCUGGAAGUGCUACUGUGAGUGGAGCUGUGAGCAAAGGAGCAGGAGCUGAAUUUAGGGGUGCAGUUUACAGGCAGUCUGUGUUUAUACCUUAA